AUGUCUGUUCACUAUCUAUCUACCUAUCUAUGUCUGUUCACUACCUAUCUAUGUUUGUUCUCUAUCUAUGUUCACUAUCUAUCUAUCUAUGUCUGUUCAGUAUCUAUCUAUCUAUGUCUGUUCACUAUAUCUAUAUCUCUAUCUCUGUUCACUAUCUAUCUUUCUAUCUCUGUUCACUAUCUAUCUAUCUAUCUAUCUAUCUAUCUAUCUAUCUAUAUGUCUGUUCACUAUCUAUCUAUCUAUCUAUCUAUCUAUCUAUCUGUCUGUUCACUAUCUAUCUAUAUAUCAAUCUAUCUAUCUGUCUGUUCACUAUCAUCUAUCUAUCUAUCUAUGUCUAUCUGUCUGUUCAUCUAUCUAUCUAUGUCUGUCUCUGUCUAUCUAUCUAUUUUAUGUUCACUGUCUAUCUAUCUAUCUAUCUAUCUAUCUAUCUAUCUAUCUAUCUAUCUAUGUCUGUUCACUGUCUAUCUAUCUAUCUAUGUCUGUUCACUGUCUAUCUAUCUAUCUAUGUCUGUUCACUGUCUAUCUAUCUAUCUAUCUGUCUAUGUCUGUUCACUGUCUAUCUGUCUAUCUAUCUAUCUAUCUAUCUAUCUAUCUAUCUAUGUCUGUUCACUGUCUAUCUAUCUAUCUAUCUAUCUAUCUAUCUAUCUAUCUAUCUAUCUAAAUCAAUUUCAAUCUCUGCUUCUUUUUAUCUAUCUAGUCGCCUAUUUUAUCAAAUACCUUUCAUUCACUCUGUUAAUCACGUAG